ACACCCCACGUCAUGCUGCAGCGCUGCCGAGAUCAUGGCUGUUCUCUUUUUCCAUACCAUGCGCUACAAGUCCCAGGACCCCCGGAACCCUCACAAUGACCGCUUCGUGCUCUCCAAGGGCCACGCAGCUCCCAUCCUGUACGCAGUCUGGGCUGAAGCUGGCUUCCUGCCCGAGGCAGAGCUGCUGAACCUGAGGAAGAUCAGCUCUGAUCUGGACGGGCACCCUGUCCCGAAACAAGCUUUCACUGACGUGGCCACUGGCUCCCUGGGCCAGGGUCUCGGGGCUGCUUGUGGGAUGGCCUACACAGGCAAAUACUUCGACAAAGCCAGCUACAGAGUCUACUGCUUGCUGGGAGAUGGGGAGCUAUCAGAGGGCUCUGUGUGGGAGGCCAUGGCCUUUGCCGGCAUCUAUAAGCUGGACAACCUUGUUGCCGUUCUUGACAUCAACCGCCUGGGCCAGAGUGACCCAACCCCGCUGCAGCACCAGGUGGACAUCUACCAGAAGCGCUGCGAGGCCUUUGGCUGGCACGCUGUCAUCGUGGAUGGACAUAGCGUGGAGGAGCUGUGUAAGGCCUUUGGCCAGGUCAAGCACCAGCCAACAGCCAUCAUUGCCAAGACCUUCAAGGGCCGAGGGAUCUCGGGGGUAGAAGAUAAGGAGUUUUGGCAUGGGAAGCCCCUCCCCAAAAACAUGGCAGAUCAGAUCAUCCAGGAGAUCUACAGCCAAAUCCAGAGCAAAAAGAAGAUCCUGGCAACGCCCCCGCAGGAGGAUGCCCCCUCAGUGGACAUCACCAACAUUCGCAUGCCCACCCCACCCAGCUACAAAGUUGGAGACAAAAUAGCCACCCGCAAGGCCUAUGGGCAGGCCCUAGCCAAGCUGGGCCAUGCCAGUGACCGUGUCAUCGCCCUGGAUGGGGACACCAAGAAUUCUACCUUCUCGGACAUCUUCAAAAAGGAGCACCCUGACCGCUUCAUUGAGUGCUACAUUGCUGAGCAGAACAUGGUGAGUAUCGCUGUGGGCUGUGCCACACGCAACAGGACGGUGCCCUUCUGCAGCACUUUCGCAGCCUUCUUCACGCGGGCCUUCGACCAGAUUCGAAUGGCAGCCAUCUCCGAGAGCAACAUCAACCUCAGUGGCUCCCACUGUGGCGUGUCCAUCGGGGAAGACGGGCCCUCUCAGAUGGCCCUGGAAGACCUGGCCAUGUUCCGGUCGGUCCCCACGUCAACUGUCUUUUACCCAAGUGAUGGAGUGUCUACGGAGAAGGCAGUGGAAUUAGCAGCCAAUACAAAGGGCAUCUGUUUCAUCCGGACCAGCCGCCCCGAAAGUGCCAUCAUCUAUAACAGCAAUGAGGAUUUCCAGGUCGGACAAGCCAAGGUGGUCCUGAAGAGCAAGGAUGACCAGGUGACCGUGAUCGGGGCGGGGGUGACCCUGCACGAGGCCUUGGCUGCUGCCGAGCUGCUGAAGAAAGAGAAGAUCAACAUCCGCGUGCUGGACCCCUUCACCAUCAAACCUCUGGACAGAAAGCUUAUUCUUGAGAGUGCCCGGGCCACCAAGGGCAGAAUCCUCACAGUGGAGGACCACUAUUACGAAGGUGGCAUAGGAGAGGCUGUGUCCACAGCAGUAGUGGGUGAGCCUGGCAUCACUGUCACCCGCUUGGCUGUUGGCCAGGUACCGAGAAGUGGGAAGCCAGCUGAGCUGCUGAAGAUGUUUGGCAUCGACAAGGACACCAUUGCACAAGCUGUGAGGGGCCUCAUCGCCAAGGCCUAGGGAGGGCAUGGAGUGCGAGGUGGGGAUGCUACACAUUCCUGAGAGAUUCUGGCAAAGGUGCUCAAAGAUGUACUGAGAGGAAUGGUAAAUAAACAUGUUUUGAGAAAAAUGAA